AUGGCUACAGCGCCGACUUUAGCCUAUGCUAACACAAUGUCAGCACAACCUCCUCGAACUGUCCAAGCAUUGGUGAACGAGGAGGCCAAGGCUCCACCUCCAGUACGGCUUUAUCCGUCCCAGCAUCGAGUCAGCAUGACCAGAUAUGCAACAUCUACAGACCCACGAGGUUAUAUUCCUGUCUUCGAAUACCCGCUCAAUGGUCAAUAUAUCAUGAUUGACUGUGAAACAGGAAUGGUACAUUUCACCGGAAUCUGGAAGGCUUUGGGUCACACAAAGGCUGACGUUGUGAAGCUCGUCGAGUCCGACCCUACAAUUGCUCCGUAUCUAAGAAAGGUCAGAGGUGGUUACCUCAAGAUCCAAGGAACAUGGUUACCUUUCGACACAGCACGUACAUUGGCUCGCCGGGUUGCUUGGCAGGUGCGAUAUGAUCUUAUUCCGUUGUUUGGUCCAGAGUUUCCCGACACCUGUCUUGGUCCAGGAGAGCCAGGAUUUGGGCAACUUUUGCUGUCGGCGCCUAAGCCUCGAGGCAGACGGGGCAAGAAAGCGGCCGCCGCUGUUCCAGUGGACAAUCGCAAGAAUAAUCCCGCAGGUCCCGAAGGUCAUAUGGGUUCGUCACUGGCAUACGCGUAUCCUGGUGGCGAUCCUUCAGCACCUCGUGUUCCAUCUCACUCACAAUACCGCCCACAAGGACUUGGUCCGGCGCCUGGCUACGCUAACCCUUCACAAGCACGAUACUCCCCCUAUAAUCGUCCACCUAGCCACGGAGUCACCCAGCUUGACCCAUUGCCAAGCCUCCAUCCACCAAGUCAUUCCAGAUCUGCAUCGAUGCAUCAGAAUCACGACAUUUACGGUACUUAUUCCCAUUCAAGUGCCAGAAGUUCGAUCGCAUCUAAUCAUGGCUCUGGAGCUGCCUCUUACAAUGGUUAUCUCAACCCACCACCACCCGUGGGGUCAUCUUCUGGUCAUAUCACCCAUGCGAACUCGCUACCGUCUAUGCGAAACACCGAUCAAAGUUCAACUCCGGGAAACUUGUUUGAAACCUACCGUGGACCGGAUUCCUUUGAAGCAUUAAGCAAUCGAUGGCUCGGAUCAGAUCCAAAUGGUUGUGGUACUUUACCCGAUUCAAAUUUGAUCAACAAUGACACUCAGGGGAUCCGUACAACUUCUGGCUCGCCAACCCUGAUGCCUCUCCGUCGGGAUGUAGUUCCUUCUCCCAUGGAGCAAUACAAUUUUUCCGGUACAGGUGACCAUAUCAAUCAUGGAUCGCCACACCAACGUAAUACUUAUCCUUCGGCAGAGCGAGGUGCUUCCUACCCUUUUGAUCAGUCUUACGAACCCGGGUUCCCUUCAAACUUGUUGGCUGAGCCUGAGGACAUUCAUCGACGUUCAUCAUCCGCACCUAGCUAUCCACCACAAACGAUUUACGAUCCGAGUUACAGUACCGAAGGACAUUGCCAGCCUCAAAAUCCGCACGGAGAGAGAUUUGAGGGCUACGUGAACCAACAAUCAGGUUCUCCCAAGUCACAUUCACCUUACAACCCAGCAGGUGCUACACCAAGGAGUCCUAGCCCAAGUUGCGCUUCGACAUCCACCCAUUUAGCUCAGCGUCAUUCUCAUCGAGCUUCACAGCACACGUUGGGUGGUUUCAGUAACAACGGGAACGGCCCAAGUGAAGAUCUUAACCAUUUUUCAGUCCUCACCUCACCUGCUCACCUCGAUCUGGGUGCGCCUUCGACCGUCAAUAAUUGUACAGAGCCAUUACCGCAAUCCGAGUCAGAUUGGAACUCUACCCGAAGUUCUGGUGCUGGAAUCUCACCUGGUCACGCUGGGCAAAAUUGA